AUGCCGGGAAUUCUACCAAUGAAAGUGAUUAAAAUGGGCUCCAACGCCCAGAGCCGUAUCGCUCAAGCCUGCGAUCGCUGUCGCUCCAAGAAAAUCCGAUGCGAUGGCGUUCGACCGUGUUGCACACAAUGCAAGAACGUUGGUUUCGAGUGCAAGACCAGCGACAAGUUGAGCCGAAGAGCUUUCCCGCGUGGUUAUACUGAGUCAUUGGAAGAUCGUGUGCGAGCGCUAGAAAGCGAGGUGAGGGAUUUGAAGAAUUUAUUAGACGAACGGGAUGAGAAGAUUGAAGUACUGUCGCGUAUUCAUUCGUUCGGUACACCACGUCAGAAGGUGCAGUCUACAUCCUCUCCGGCAUCUACGUCUGGUUCAGUCUCGGAAACUCCUCGAUCUCCGUUGUCAGAAGAUGCAACGGCUUCUCCUAUUGAUACAGAGCGCAUCAUUAACGUUCAACACCCGACCAAGUCGUCUGGUAGUUCACCUUUCGUGGGCCCAUCAAGCGUUCGCGCUUUUUCGUCAACACUGACCAGCAAGCUGGAAGCACGAGGCAUAUCCUCGUCUUCCUUCUCGACGAAGGCUUUGACGGCUUUCCCAGCGAGAAAUUAUCAACGCAAGGCCUCAUCAUUGCAGUCGCCACCGAGACUUGUGUCAGAUCAAUUAGUCAACAUAUAUUUUCAGGAAUGGGCUCCCCUGUACCCAGUGGUGCAUCGUUCUACGAUUCUCAAGGCUUACGAUCGCUAUCUGGCCGAUCCGUCUCUUUUGAAAGACCAGCCUCUCACCAUCAUACAGUUGAAUCUUAUUUUUGGCAUAGCUGCCCUUUCUUCAAUGUCAAGGACCAACCAAGACCCCAAGCUCUUCGAGAAUAACUGGUACACACCGCUCGAAUCCCUCAGUGGCGAGAUGUCUGUGCCUGCCGUGCAGUGCAUGGUUCUCGCUCAGAUGUAUUUCUUGACCAAAGGAGACUAUCAGUCUUUGCUUCGCUAUCGCGCUCUUUCCGUUGGCACCAUUCAGUCGCUCGGACUAGAUCAAAGCCAGCAGGACUUUGUUCGUGACCCGCUACUCCACGAGACUCGCAAGAAAGUCUUCUGGUGUCAAUACAUGUUGGACCGCUUUGCCGCUGCCGCGACUGGUCUACCUGUUAUGCUCCGAAAUGACCGUAUCGGCACUGAGAUGCCGGCAGACAUCGACGACGAGAAUAUUACCGAAGAAGGAAUACUCCCCGGUUUACCUGAUGAGUGCACUCGCAUGUCAAGUGCGCUUGCUCUAAUAGAAGCUUCCCGAAUUUUGGGCAAAGCGCUUGAGAUACUUUAUCCAUCAGCAAAUGCUCAAGUCUCAGUGACAAAGCUACAUGGCCUGUCCGAAGAGCUGGAUACCUGGAAUAAGGGUCUCCCAACCCAUCUCAAACUGAUUUUCAUUCAAGAUCGGCCAAGUACGAAUGUGACAGGCAGCCGGUCUCCACUAUUAUCUUUGGUGUAUUACUAUAUCCGAAUUUUGAUUCAUCGUCCAGCAGCAUGCUUUGGCACCCCCGACAUUAUGAAUCCAGCUUUGUUGACUGUUAGCGACUCAAGCAAACACAUCAUCCAAAUCUUGCAGCUCCUCGACGAACGACGCUUGAGCCUGUCGCUAGCGGUCAAUCGUUUAGAGGUAGCUUACCUUUCUGGCCUUGGCAUUCUGUGGCAAGAUAUGACAUUGGAACGAGGCAGCAAGCUCGUUCAGGAAAGCCGGAGUUUACUUCUUGAUGUAAAAGUACAGCUUGAGCCAGAGUCCAACACAGCUGCGACCGAGUUUAGAAUACUUUCUAAUCUCAUCACCGGCGCCGACAACCAACGGUCUUUGAAGAUCAAGAAGGCCCUACAAACGUCGAUAUCCCGUGCUGAGAGGGGCUCCGAAGCGAAACCGGCAAAAGAUGGUAUGCUGUCGAGAAGGAACACCAUUUCAAAUCUCAACGCAGCACAUAGAUCCUCUCAACAGACGUGCCAACGGCCAGGGACAAUGGAGCCUCCCCAGACAAUGAGCCGACCCCGAUCAUUCGAUCUAUCGUCUGGCGUCAAUGUAGAUUACUAUCCUCUGAAUGCAGACUCGCUUCGAUCCGUGUCCACUACUGAUGUCUCAAAGAUGUCAUUAUCAGCAGCGGAGUGGGAAUGCAUACUCAGCGACCUCGAUCAUGGCAAUCUGAACAUUUUCAAUGGGAUAUAUGGCGGACAGGAAGGUGCUGAUCAGCCGAGCUCACAAGGCCCGAUUGACAAUAGCUACUCGCCCCAUCAGACUGCGACAGCUUAUGCCCCGAUCAUGCAGCAACACGUACGACUUAGCCCACAGGACACAUCAUCGGAGGCUUGGUCUGCUUGUAGCAGCGGCGAUAUAUCGUACGUGCACGAUGGUGUACCAGGCUACCCUGCCGAAAACGGAAUAAACACAGAUGAUGUUCUUUCCUUCAAGGAUUUCGAUUUACCGCAAUCUCUGCAAAUGGCCGAGGCCGUCAGGGGGAUAAUGAUCCCGUCUGCCGACGAGGACUAUGUUGAUUUGGGUAUAUUUGACGGCUGGGAUCGUUCACUGAUUGCUUAG